AUGGCCUCGUCUUUCUUUGCCGACCUGCUUGCACAGAAACAGCCGCAGUUCCAGACCCACAAGGCCCUCAUUGCCAUCGGCCUGCAGAAUGACUUCUGUUCCCCCGACGGCAAGCUGCCCGUGACGCAGCCGCCGGGCCUGCUGGACCGCAUCAAGCGGCUCGUCCCGACCUUUCGCGAGCACGCCGGCCACGUUAUCUGGGUCCGCACCGAGCUGGACCCCAACAGGCCGGUGGACGAGGCCGACGACGCUGAUGCCAUUGUCACCAGCGCCCCUGACGAGAGCCUCAGCCCCGACGACGACGGCAUCGGUGGCGCUGACUAUGACCCGCAGUCCAGGCAGGGCUCACGCCGCCGCCGCACGGCAGAUCUGCUCAAGCGCGUGCAAGCGAGGGCCCAGAGGGUCGAGAGGGAGAUGGCCGCCCUGCAGGAGGACGAGUUGUUUCUCACCCGGGGCUCGGGACGCCAGGUCUGCGUGGCGGGCAGCCCGGGGGCUGACUGGGCUGACGAUAUUGCGGACGAAAUCAAGCCCGCCGACACCCUGAUCACCAAGACGCGCUACUCAGCCCUCAAAGACACGACCCUGCUGCUCACUCUGCGCGCGAAACUGAUCACAGAACUGUACGUCUGCGGUUGCAUCAGCAAUAUCUCCGUCUACGCCACGGCGGUCGAGGCUGCCCGCCAUGGCAUCGAGAUUUACCUGGUCGACGACUGCGUCGGCUACCGCCAGCUGCAUAGGCACCAGGAAGCCAUCCGGCAGAUGGUCGAGUACAUGGGCGCCCAAACCAUUUCCAGCGCUGAUCUGAUCGCCCAGAUCACGGGCAAAGCAGAGAAAGGUGAUACCUCUCAGGCUCGCAAGGAUGACAACGAUGACGACUUGGAUGACAUGCUGAAGAAGCUCAAGCUGCAAGACAAGGAUCAAUCCCAAUGCAAAGGUUCCUCAUCUCCGCCGAAGCAAGCUGAGAUUGCGAGCAAGCCCUCGUCCGCGAGCGCCGUUGCAAUCUCGGCCACCCCACUCGAGGUAGCCGACAGCGACGAUGCGUUGCUGGAAGAGGCUACAUUGCUUCUGGAGAGGCAUUCGAUCCGCUCUCGCCCACGUGGUGAGCCGCAAUUGCCAUCACGCAGCUCAGACUCAGUCAGAUCCAAGGUUCGAAACGACGGCGAGAAGGGGAGUGGACCAUCGUCAAAGGAUGAUCAAAGAACAGCGGCCUCAGCUGCGAAACUCACAGGUGGCGAAAGCAGUUCAUGCGAGAUUUUGAAGUCGUCAUCGUCGCGGCCCGACACGCCUCAACCUGCAGCGGACAAAACGACAGCCCCCAAGGCCGAGACAGCCAGUUCACAAUCGCCCAAGCCGUCAACAUCACGAUCGAGGAGGAAGAUCCAAAACCUGGCUACUCUUCCCACUGUAGGCCCCUCGGACAAGAUUGGUGAAGGCGAUUCUCGGAUUGUGUUCAACUUCCUCCCCGAGUCGCUGCGUGCGACUGCAACACCAGAGAAGACGUUUGAAGAAGUUGUUUUCUACAAGCUUUACAAUGAAGUGCGGUGGCAGAAGAUGCUGCACAACCAAGGCGAGGUACCUCGCCUCGUAUCGGUGCAGGGUGAACUGGGAGCAGAUGGUUCGAUGCCGGUCUACAGACAUCCCUCGGACCAGUCACUCCCGCUGCUGCAUUUCUCCCCUGCCGUGUUACGCAUACGAAAACAGGUCGAGGAGCUCGUCCAACAUCCAGUCAAUCACGUCUUGAUCCAGCUCUACCGAGACGGGCAAGACUACAUCUCGGAACACUCCGACAAGACGCUGGACAUUGUUAGAGGCUCCAGUAUCGUCAACGUCAGCUUCGGUGCACAACGUACCAUGCGCCUUCGUACCAAGCGAUCAGCAAAGGCUGACGACGAGGCUUCGUCUGCUAGGCAGACUCAACGUGUACCAAUGCCACACAAUUCUGUCUUCGUUCUGGGUCCACAGACGAAUAUGCGUUGGCUACACGGCAUCAACGCCGAUAAGCGCCCCCCGGAGGAGAGGUCUGAUCCAGAGAAAGAUUUCGGCGGCAUGCGCAUAAGCCUCACGUUCCGUCACAUUGGCACUUUCCUCAGCAACGAUUCGACCAAAAUCUGGGGCCAAGGCGCGACGUCCAAAACCAGGGACGCCGCCAAGCCCGUCAUCAACGGCGACGAGAAGAAGACUGAGGCCCUCAUCCGCGCCUUCGGAACGGAGAACCAGGCCACCGAGUUCGACUGGGAGGAGACGUAUGGCCGGGGCUCCGACGUCCUCCACUCGCGGGACCCCCCUCCCGAGACACCGACCCUGUACACGUCGCACAGUGCCGUCGAGAACCAGGCCGUCCUGCUCUACCUUGGUCAGCUCGGGCUUCAGUACAGCCUGGUCGAGCCGCCGCCCGUGCGGCACAGUGACGACUUUGAGCGUCGCAGCAUCUGCUUCCGCGACACGGACGCCCUGAACACCGAAGUGUGUGGCGGCCCCCUCAUUCUCGCCUACCUCAAAACCCAUUACUCCCAGCCCACCCAGUCUUCUCCCGCGACGGGCGGGCCGGAUGACGACCAGAAACGCCGAGCAUCAGACGGCGAGCCCGGCGCUGCUGCUGGAAGCGUUAGCCGUGCCGCAGCGGCCGCGACGCAGACGUACCUGGCGCACGCCGCGCACCUCCACCGGCUGUGGGCCAAGUACCUCUGCGCCACGAGCACCGCGCCGCAGUCCCCAUUCUGCUCCUCCUCCCCCAUGUCCUCGCAACGACCCGCAGCCAAACAGCCAUCAUCGCACGAGUCGCCGCCGCCGCCGCCCCCGUCUUCGUCAUCGCAUCCAGCCCCCACGACCACGACCCCGCCCCCCUCCUCCUCCCCCUCAUCCUCCCCCUCAUCCUCCCCCUCCCCCUCAUCCAUCCCACCCGAACUCGCCCGCGCCCUCAGCAUCGACCUCGCCGCCCUCGAAGAAACCUGCCCAACGACCCGUCUUCGCCGCAGCACCACCCACCACCACAGCAGCACCGGCAGCAUUCAGUCCGCCGCCUCGCCCUCGUCGUCGACGUCAGCGUUACCAUCGUCGUCGUCGUCGUCGUCGUCCCUCUCCCCUUUCCUCGCCGGCGACGUCUUCUCCGUCGCCGACUGCGCCGUCUGGCCCCUCAUCGAUGCGCUCAGGCGGAGCGGCUGGGAUGGGUGGAGCGAUGAGCGGUGGCCCGAGUUGGUGGGGUAUUGGAGGGCGUUGGGGGAGGAGAGGGGGUUGGUCGAUUGCGGGAAGGUGGAUGGUGGGGUUGAGGGAGGAAGCAAGCAGGUACAGAAUAAAAAGGGGGAUGAGAAGGGCGAGGGGGAGGGUGUUGUGGAUGGUGAACCGAGUGGGGCGGUUGAGAAGCACGGCGAUGGUGUGGGAGCCUCGUCGGCGGUGGGUGAAGGCGCGAAAAAGGAAGGGAAGGUGGUGGAGUGA